UGACAUGCCCCGCCGACCCGACGAACCAUCGACACCUAUCGACACGCUCGACACCGCCUGACAUCACUCAACAAUGCUCGACGCCCGUCAAUCUGCAGUGACCUGCUGACAGCAGUUCACCCGCAAUGUCUAAGUUUUUGUAUGGUCUUCGGCCAGCCUAGCAACCUCACGUCAAACCCGCAAAAUUGUCGGUCUGAGAAGGAUAUUGAUCACGCUGGGUGUGGAUCCUGGCUGAUACUGGAGGGUGGGGUAGCCGCAGCCGCAAGGGAACUCAGGCAAAGACUCACUCGGCGCUCGCCAAUAGGUCGCACCCCCCAGUUGCCGUACUUACCUCCGUCCUCUUGCGCAAGCCGUCUUCUCUUAGACUCGCGUCCUCUAAUGAAGGUACAGACGCGAUCUCUACGCGUUGUUGUCAAGGAUCUCAUGAUCAUCAUACACUUUACCUCCGUUCUUUCCUCGAGGUCCACACUUUCGCGAGGUGUACGCUGCAUGCUGUCUCAGGCGAACUCCUGCUGUGCGGACUCUUGUCGGUAGUAAGCUGUCAUAGUCUAGCUGUCAACCUCAGCCUUUGCCCCAUCAAUGCACUCGGCCACGCACCCGGUUUACCUCUAAUUCUCGGUUCAACUCAGUUGAAACCGCGUCUGCUGACCCCACACUGCGAGGGCGGGAAAAUGUACGGGUAUAUGCGUCGUUGUCGCUGUAGCGCCAUUAACACAUGAGAUGGCCGUCGGCGCGUUCGCGGAUCUAAGGUACAGGAGGAUACAAGAGUGAUACAAGGUGGUCGUGUAUGCACUGACAGCGAGCGCACGACGUAGUGCUCGCCGGCGAUUAUCCGCAGCCCAUGUCUAUAAAACUGGUCGACUUUUCUUCUGUUUCGACAUCGGUUUCCGCCGCCCAGCCAGUCUACUACCCCGCCUCAGCCAGCUAGUCCACCAUGUUCCCCAAGGCUUCCCUCCUCGCUUUCGCAUUCGCUGCCGCCGUUUCCGCACAGCAGGUCGGUAACUCCACCGCCGAGGUCCACCCCGCCCUCUCUUGGUCCAAGUGCACGUCCGCUGGCUGCCAGGCACAGGACUCCGGCAAGAUCGUCCUCGACGCCAACUGGCGCUGGCUGCACACCGUCAGCGGCUACACCAACUGCUACACCGGCAACGCGUGGGACACCUCCAUCUGCACGGACGGCAAGACGUGCGCGCAGCAGUGCGCGCUCGAUGGUGCUGACUACGAGGGCACCUACGGUAUCACCACCUCCGGCGACGCGCUCACCAUCAAGUUCGUCACGCAGUCGGCAAACAAGAACGUUGGCUCGCGUGUGUACCUCAUGGCGGACGACUCGCACUACGAGAUGUUCAAGCCCCUGAACCAGGAGUUUACCUUCGAUGUUGAUGUAUCGCAGCUCCCCUGCGGUCUCAACGGUGCUCUCUACUUCUCGGAGAUGGACGCCGACGGUGGCAUGGCCAAGUACCCCACUAACGCGGCUGGUGCCGCCUACGGCACUGGUUACUGCGACUCGCAGUGCCCUCGUGACAUCAAGUUCAUUAACGGCGAGGCUAACAUCGAGGGCUGGAACGCCACCUCUGCCAACUCGGGCACCGGUUCGUACGGCUCGUGCUGUAACGAGAUGGACGUCUGGGAGGCCAACUCUAUCUCCGCUGCCUAUACCCCUCACCCCUGCUCCGUCUCCGGCCAGACUCGCUGCAGUGGCGAUGACUGUGCCAUCACCGACCGGUACGGCGGCGUUUGCGACCCUGACGGCUGCGACUUCAACUCAUACCGCAUGGGCGACACCUCGUUCUACGGCCCCUCGCAGACCGUCGACACCACCAAGCCGCUCACCGUCGUCACGCAGUUCUUCACCUCCGACAACACCACCAGCGGCACGCUCUCUGAGAUCCGCCGUCUCUACGUGCAGAACGGCAAGGUCAUCCAGAACUCCAAGACGAACAUCCCCGGGCUCACCGCCUACGACUCGGUCACGGACCAGUUCUGCACGGAUCAGAAGACGGUGUUCAACAACACCAACUCGUUCGCGGACAAGGGCGGUCUCAAGGCCAUGGGCGAGUCGUUCGCCACCGGCGUCGUCCUCGUCAUGAGCGUCUGGGACGACUACGCCGCCGAGAUGCUCUGGCUCGACUCGGACUACCCGACCACCGCUGACCCCAGCACUCCCGGUGUCUCCCGCGGCACGUGUGCGACGACCAGCGGUCAGCCCUCGGACGUUGAGUCCUCUGCUGCCAGCGCGCAGGUCGUCUUCUCGAACAUCAAGUUCGGUGACAUCGGCUCCACCUACACUUCCUCGUAA